UCGAGGAAGCUGAGGUUGCCGACGAAUUCGAUAGCGACUUCAAUGACGAGGAAUCUGAACCUGAUGAUCAGCCUGAUAAUGAUAUUGCUGAUGAAAGGGUACAUAAAAAGAAGCGGCUAAUAUUUCCGGGGAAGAAAUUGCCAAAGCGGAAGAAGAGUAAAAAGAAGCAGAAGGUUUUGUCUAAGUUGGAACGUUCUUCCAAUGAGGAUGAUGAUGAUGACGAUGAGGACAAUGACGAUGAUGAUGAUGAUAAACCAGACAAGGAGCCAGUUCCUGAGGAACACCAUGAUACACGCGAUGAUGGAGGGGAAAAGAUAAUCAGGAAGUCCACUAGAACUGCCGUGAUUGUUCGGCAGGCAGAGAGAGAUGCCAUACGUGCUCUGCAAGCAUCCAUGAAGCCACAGACAGUCAAAAAAAAGAAGGAAGGUGAGGAGAAGAGAAUGACACAAGAGGAAAUGCUUUUAGAAGCUGCUCAAACAGAAAUUAUGAACCUGAGAAAUUUGGAGCGUGUUUUAGCUAGGGAGGAAGAAGUUAAGAGAAAAGCAAUUGUGCAUAAAACUGUCUAUAAUGGACCACAGAUACGAUACAUUUCAAAGGAUGGUUAUACAUAUUUAGAGUUCAUUAAGGGAUCCUCAUUUCACUCUGAUAUUGCCACGACACCUGUACAAUAUCCAGAGCAACCUCUUUGUGCAAUUACUGGUUUGCCUGCCAAGUACCGUGAUCCAAAGACAGGGCUGCCAUAUGCCACUAAAGAAGCUUUUAAAGAAAUCCGACAACGGUUUGCGGAGGAAAAUGCUAACAAUAGAAAGCAAAUGGCCAUGGGGAUCUUGUAUGAUUCAGUUUCUGGUUGUGGUUUUUCACUUAAGCAGAAGAGAUCAAUGGUGCCAGACAAAAGUGUACAUACAAAUUUUAGGCCAUAUGCCCGCUUCCGAAGAAUGCCUGCUUCAGAAGACGAAGAUUCUGACUAGCUUCUUUGUUCUACUUCAUGUAUCUGGCUGGACCUUGGAUUGGCUCAAUUAUAGUACCCCAGGAUUUAAGGUCUGGCUCCGUUUGCAAAGAACAAUGUACCUUUGGACACUUAUCUCCAUAGCAUACUCCUAUCUGAUAAGAUAUAUGAUAGAUAAGAAAUUCCUUUCACACUUUGUCAUAUA